CUGCAGCAACCGCGUGACUAGCAGGCUUGACGUCAGAGCGGAGACUGUGCAGCGGAACAAGCCUGGUGUCGGGUUUUGGACUGAGAGCAGCCGGGAAACUCCAGCUCCUGAGUGGCUCCCGCAACCUGUUGCAGCCUUUGUGUCUGAAACUUUUUACCGCGAGGUAAUGGACUAUUAGAGAAACUUUUAACAGGGCCUCCAACAGCAACUGAAAAGCGAGUCUUAAUUGACGCUGCCUUCACAACACAAGCAGCGACCAUGGGCAAACAGAACAGCAAGCUACGUCCCGACGUCAUGCAGGACCUGAUGGAGAACACAGACUUCACCGAGCAUGAGAUCAUGGAGUGGUACAAGGGCUUCUUGCGGGACUGCCCCAGCGGCGCACUGUCCAUGGAGGAGUUCAAGAAGAUCUACGCCAACUUCUUCCCUUAUGGAGACGCCUCCAAGUUCGCCGAGCAUGUCUUCCGCACUUUUGACGCCAAUGGAGAUGGGACCAUAGACUUCAGGGAGUUCAUCAUCGCCCUGAGUGUGACCUCUCGUGGUCGGCUGGACCAGAAGCUGAAGUGGGCAUUCAGUAUGUACGAUCUGGACGGUAACGGAUACAUUAGCAAGGCAGAGAUGCUGGAGAUUGUAACGGCUAUUUACAAGAUGGUUUCCUCUGUGAUGAAGAUGCCUGAGGAUGAGUCCACACCUGAGAAACGAACAGACAAGAUCUUCAGGCAGAUGGACUUAAAUCGAGAUGGUAAGCUGUCCCUUGAGGAGUUUGUUGAGGGAGCGAAGAACGAUCCCUCCAUCGUCCGGCUGCUUCAGUGCGAUCCCAGCAGUGCUGGGCAGUAAAAAACUGACUUUUUCCAUCUCAGUUUGAUUAAUUUAACACAUUUUUCUAAAUCUCUCCAAGAUUAUCCACCUGAGAUUGUUGAGAUUUGAUCACUUGAACUAUAGAGACCCAUACACACACACACACACACA